AAUAGAGUAACGCUUGAGGUCCUGGCUUGUCUGCUAUUGGGUGGCCAUCUUGGAAGGAAGGAGCUUUAACCAAACGCGACAGGCAGAGGUCGGAGGAAUGAAGCUGUCAGAGAGCACUUCACUCCCAGGCCCGUAACACCGCGGCUUCACUCCGAGCUGAAGAAAAGAGUAGAUUCACUGCGUGACUGUAGUUAUUCGUUCACAAAGGGACCGUGGUGGGAGAAUCAGGGCCUCGAGGAGGGGGUUUUCUUUCAGGAGAACAGCCGGACAUCCGAAAUGUGAAUCAGAGCCACACACACACACACACACGGACAGACAGACCGUCGUGCUUUUAGUUACGCCUUCCGUUAUUACUAUUAUUAUUAUUAUUAUUUUUGGAAUACAUUUUUCCAAACUAGCUAAUGGCGCGACACCGACGUUGGACUACAACGCCGUUUUCAGCUCGAGGAAACAGUUUGUAGUCUGGACAUUAAUCCAGUGGGAAGUUUUUCACAAGUUUGCGCUGACGGUGCGCUUCGUGAGCCCAGUGCAGUAAUAUGGAAUAGAGAGAGAGAGAGAGAGAGUGUGUGUGUGUGUGAGACAAUCAUUGUCGCGUUAUUUCACCUUAAACACCAGUGCGGAUUUUUUUUUCUUUUUACGGAAACGCUUGAAAAUCCAGCAGCGAUACAAUGUCAACAAAAACAACACUACCAUCCGUGAACGAGCGGAAAACUGAAAAUCACACAUCUAAUGGCCAUAGUCGUAUGGAAGGGGCCUCUCGGUCUGCGCGGUCAGGUGGCCGAAACCGUAGUUCAGGCAAUUCAGGGUCUGAAGAUCAGAAUCCUCACAUUGGAAAUUACCGGCUCCUAAAAACCAUUGGAAAAGGCAACUUUGCCAAGGUCAAACUGGGUCGUCACAUCCUCACUGGCAGAGAGGUGGCAGUAAAAAUAAUUGACAGAACCCAACUGAAUCCAACAAGCCUUCAAAAGCUCUUCAGGGAAGUUAGAAUAAUGAAGAUUUUAAACCACCCAAAUAUUGUAAAGCUGUUUGAGGUAAUUGAGACAGAGAGAAAUCUUUAUCUUGUGAUGGAGUAUGCCAGUGGAGGUGAAGUUUUUGACUACCUUGUUACUCAUGGCAGGAUGAAGGAGAAAGAGGCCAGAGCUAAAUUUAGACAGAUUGUAUCAGCUGUACAGUACUGUCACCAGAACCACAUUGUUCACAGAGACUUAAAGGCCGAGAACCUGCUGUUAGAUGCUGACAUGAACAUAAAAAUAGCGGAUUUUGGCUUCAGCAACCAGUUCACAGUGGGGAAUAAGUUAGACACGUUCUGUGGCAGUCCUCCAUACGCUGCGCCGGAGCUCUUUCAGGGCAAAAAAUAUGAUGGGCCUGAGGUGGACGUCUGGAGUCUGGGGGUCAUACUCUACACUUUGGUCAGCGGCUCACUCCCUUUUGAUGGCCAGAAUCUCAAGGAGCUCCGUGAACGUGUGUUAAGAGGCAAAUAUCGAAUCCCCUUCUACAUGUCUACGGACUGCGAGAAUCUCCUUAAACGAUUUCUUGUGCUCAACCCUGCAAAAAGAGGAACACUAGAGCAAAUCAUGAAGGAUCGUUGGAUUAACUCUGGGACAGAGGAGGACGAGCUCAAACCCUACCUUGAACCAGAGGCUGACAUUUGCGAUGGGAAGAGAAUAGAUGUGAUGGUUGGUAUGGGCUACACCAGGGAGGAAAUUCAAGAGUCUUUGUCCAAGAUGAAAUAUGAUGAUAUUACAGCCACCUACUUGCUGCUGGGCAGGAAGCUUAAUGAGGAUGGGAAUGACUCUACUACUAGCAGCAAUCUCUCAGUGGUGAAAAACAGGCCAGCUAGUGAGAUGAAUGGCCAGUCACCAGCACACCAGAAGGUCCAGAGAAGUGUCUCGUCCAAUCAAAAAACUAGACGCUACAGUGACCAAGUGGGUGGUGUUGUUAACACUGCAUUAAGUAAUGGUAAAAGGCCCGUUCCCAGCACAGCAGAUGUUACCACUAAGCAGGAUGGAGGAGUUGUGGUCCGUAAGGCUCCAUCACACAGCCCCCCCAGCCCAUUACUGGGCAACGCAAACAACCCUAAUAAAGCAGAUAUACCUGACCGCAAGAUGGGCAACUCUCUCGCUCCUAAUAAUAACUCUGGAGGAUCUGGAGGAAUGGGUCGGAGAAACACAUAUGUGUGUAGUGACCGGAUUAACACAGAUCGCCUUUCUGUUGUUCCCAAUGGAAAAGAGAACAGCACAUCUUUGUCUCCUGACCAGCGGAACCCAGGUGCCUCCACUCACAGCAUUGCUAAUGCUGCUACUUCUGAUACACUUCGAUUCCCUCGAGGCACAACAAGUCGCAGCACCUUCCAUGGGCAGGUGAGGGAACGGCGUACUGCGACAUACAAUGGACCCCCAACCUCACCAACACAGCCCCCACGAAGCUGUGCCAACACCAACAACCUGAUCACCAAGCUCACCUCUAAAUUUACCCGCAGAAACAUGUCAUUCAGAUUUUCCAAAAGAGUCUCAACCAAGUUUGAGAGAAGCAGGAGAUUUGAGGGCACAAGUCGCCAUGUACCUGGGGAUCAGCAAAAAGAUGAAGGGAAAGAUGGAAAAGACGGGAAACCCCGCUCUCUCCGUUUCACCUGGAGUAUGAACACCACCAGCAGCAUGGAGCCAGCCGCCAUCAUGAACGAAAUCCGCAAAGUUCUAGAUGCCAACAACUGUGACUAUGAACAGCGCGAACACUUCCUGCUUCUCUGUGUCCAUGGCGAUGGACAUGCUGAUAACCUUGUCCAAUGGGAAAUGGAGGUCUGCAAACUGCCCCGCCUCUCACUCAAUGGUGUCCGUUUUAAGAGGAUAUCUGGGGCAUCCAUCGCUUUCAAAAACAUUGCUUCCAAAGUUGCCAGUGAGCUCAAGUUAUGAAUAUGUCUGUAAUCUAUUCAUGUAGAAGAAAAAUUAAAGUGUUAAAUCCUAUAUAGAAACAAAGCUGUACAAUCACAAAAGUAGCAGUUUGCAAAUGUUUUUUUUUUUUAACAAACCACUUACCCUAUGUAUUUCAAAUGUAUAUACUUUAACAUUGCUAAAAGCAAUAAUUUAUGUCACAUGUGCUAAACACUGUAAAUGAGAAUCGAUUUUAAAUUUUUUGGUGAAUAACGAGCACGCACCCUAUAUCCCUGACAGAGUGAAGAUUGUCAUGUUAUGGCCUAGAAGUGUAAAACCAGAGAUAUUUUAUUCCUCUUCGGACAGUGUUGCAAUGCUAUAGGUAUUUAGUGUUUUGAGCAGCCAGUGUGUAAAGGCUAUGUAAAAUCUAUAAAAACCCAAAUGCUUAUAAAUUGCUUGAGUUAUCCUGCACCGCAGUCCAGUUUAACAAGAUUGUGUUUGUACUUGAAUGUGAUUCAGCUAACCAGUUUGAGUUCACUUUACACCAGGUGAAGAAUGCGAGGCUGAAGUGAAACAUUUUAUUUAUUUUAUGCCCAUCACCCAAGUGUAAAUAAUGCACAUUUAAUUUAGUUACAUUGUUGCCAUUCUCCUAAUCUCAAGAGCUCUAAUAUUUUAAAGGGCUACUUGUAAUUGCUUGUAGUUAUGAAUUAUAUUAAAACAGCUGUACAUGACCGGAUUUAUGUGCAGGCUUAAUUG